AUGCCAAGAAAGUGUAGUGUACCUAAAUGCCGAUCAAAUUACGAUAGCACUACUGAACAUGUGUCCACUUUCAAAUUUCCUUCGGAUCCUGUACUCUCUCAGAAAUGGAUAAAAAAUAUUAAUCGCAAAGAUUUUGUAGCUGGCAAACACAGUAGUGUAUGCAUUAAGCAUUUCGAAGAAGAAUUUAUCGUUCGAGAAGAUAAAGCUGUUCGUGAGACGGUAUUAGUAGUUCCUAGAACUAUUCCAGCUUUAAAAAAAGAUGCUUAUCCAACGAUUUUUCAAAACCAGCCAUCUUAUUUAUCGAAGAAACUUCCCACAAAAAGAAAAACACCGGAAGAAAGAGAAGCAGAAAUUGAUAUUCGUUGUGAUAAACAAUUUGAACAGUGGAAAAAGAAUGAUAUUAUUAGCGAUUUUGAAAACCUAAUAAAUGGUUUUGCAAAAAAAUAG